AUGAGUACAAUUCGUGUUCUUGUCACUGGAGCCGCUGGCCAAAUUGGCUACUCACUUUCGCUGCAAAUCGCAAAGGGUGAUGUUUUCGGCAAGGAAACACCAAUCGUCUUGGUACUUUUGGAUAUUCCACAAAUGCAAAGUGCACUCGAGGGUGUUCAAUUUGAACUGUUGGACUGUGCUCUGGCCAACGUUAAAGGUAUUAUCAUUGAAUUGAAUUGA